GAACUGGUUAACACCGUGAGCUGCCACUCCCAAGAUGGCGCACGCACCGAUGCAUCGUUGCUGAGGAGAAAGGGCGCACAUGACGUUUUCUACUCCUCCGAAACCCGAACCUUGCGCUGACUAGGCUGGUACUGGACAUAUCGGCCACCUUCCUCAUGGACAGUGACGAAGAGAGCGUGGAGGAGGUCGUAGAAGGCCCACUAGAUGAAGAUGGUCAGCCCCAUGGUUUCUGCACUGUUACCUUCUCAUCCGGUGAUCAUUUUGAAGGACACUUCACUCAUGGAGAGAAGAAUGGAAAGGGCAAGUUCUUCUUCUUUGAUGGAAGCACCUUGGAGGGUUUCUAUGUGGAUGAUGCUCUGCAGGGACAGGGGGUGUACACGUGUGAAGAUGGAAGUGUCCUCAAUGGGACAUAUGUGGACGGUGAGCUCAAUGGACCAGCUCAGGAGAUGAAUGGAGAGGGCUGCCUGGUGUUUAGGGGCCAGUAUAAAGACAACCUUCGCUGUGGUGCAUGCUGGAUCUACCACCCUGAUGGUGGCUGUGUGUUUGGGGAGGUCAACCAGGAUGGAGAGAUGACCGGUGACUCGGUAGCUUACAUUUACCCCGAUGGUCGCACGGCCUUGUAUGGAACUUUUGCUGAUGGGGAGUUACUCACAGCCCGCCUCGCCACACUGGUCUCCAACCAGACAGGAAGGCCACGCUUUGAAAUCACUCCUAACAGUCCUGUGUAUUCACAUGACAAGUCCACUUCGACCUGUAUUACCGUCCAUGCUCUGUUACCGGACCCAUAUGAGAGCCAAAGGGUGUUUGUGGCAGAGUCCCUGAUCAAAGGAGCAGGGCAGGGGCUGUUUGCCAGGGCCGACUUCGAGGCUGGCACUGUGAUGGCGUUUUACAAUGGAGUCCGCAUCACACACUCUGAGGUGGAUAGCCGAGACUGGGCGAUGAAUGGAAACACAAUCUCACUUGAUGAAGAUACUGUGAUCGACGUUCCGCAGCCAUUUGACCAGAUUGAAAAAUAUUGUGCCUCUCUUGGUCACAAGGCAAACCACUCCUUCACUCCCAACUGCAAAUACGAGCCGUUCAUCCAUCCUCGCUUUGGGCCAAUCAAAUGCAUCCGAAGCACGAGGGCUGUACAGAAAGAUGAGGAGCUCACCGUUGCCUAUGGUUACGAUCAUGAGCCGUCGGGGCAGAGCCGCCCUGAAGCUCCUGACUGGUACAGGGAGGAACUCAAGGUGUUCCAGCAAAGACCUCCUGCUGGCCAAUAAGAAGUUAGCUCUGUACCCCUGGACCAGGAGGACUGGUUCUACUGGUGCUACAGCGGUAGCCCAGCCUGCUGGUUCUAGAAACGAGUAGAAAGCUCCGACUUUGGUCAGCCACUCCAAGACUAUGCAGGACACGAAACGACUGUCAAGUGUGAUACGUUUGAAGGUUUUAAUAAAUCCUGGUUAUUUACUAAAA